AUGUCUCCAAACGGCCAAUCCUUCCUCCUCGACCCCGAGAAACGCACAGGCCCAACCCGGUUCUCCCACGCCCGCGUCGUGCAGCCCUCCACGCACCACACAGUCUACGUCUCCGGAAUCGCCGCAGUCAGCCCUGAUGGAACCUACGAGGGGGUGACUGAAAACACCGACGGCACAUUCACAAUCGACGUGCGGCAGCAGACAGCUGCUAUUCUGCGCAGAAUCGACAGCAUCAUCCAGGGUGCGUCCGAGGGGAAGGCGAAUCUGUACAACAUCGUCGACACGACCGUCUACAUCUUGGAUAUGAAGACACAGUAUGCGGGCAUGAAUGAGGAGUGGAAUAAGGUCUGGUCGGACCGGGCGAGUGCGCCUAGUCGCGCGACGAUUGGGGUCAGAGAACUGCCUGAUCCGCGCUUUGCGGUGGAAAUCAAGGCGACGGCGGUUUAUGAGAGUUAG